UCUAUGUCCACCCCGAUCUCCGGCCUGUGAAGGACGUGCGUCUCGUGCCCUAGCUUCAAGCUCGCGUCCACCAAUCUCUUCCCCAGGUACCCCGUUCCGCCAACUAUCAAGACUUUGCUCUUCCCCAUCUCUCUUUCUCUCCUCUCUCUCUCUCUCUCUGGCUCUCAUUUAAACACGCACGCCCUCUGAUUGCUCUAUUCAUCAACUCAAAGAACUAAGAUAGCUCUCCAAAACUCCUCACAUCCCAUGGCAAAGAGCAAGGUCCUCGUCGUCGGGGGCACCGGCUACAUCGGGCGGAGGCUCGUGCGGGCAAGCCUGGACCAGGGCCACCCUACGUACGUCCUCCAGCGGCCGGAGAUAGGCCUCGACAUCGAGAAGCUCCAGACGCUGCUGUCCUUCAAGAGGCGCGGUGCCCACCUCAUCGAGGGCUCGUUCUCGGAUGUAAGGACCCUCGUCGAUGCCGUGAGGCAGGUCGACGUCGUCAUCUGCGCCAUGUCGGGCGUCCACUUCCGGAGCCACAACAUCCUGAUGCAGCUCAAGCUCGUGGAGGCCAUCAAAGAAGCUGGAAAUGUCACGCGGUUCUUGCCGUCGGAGUUCGGAAUGGACCCGGCCCUCAUGGGUCAUGCGAUUGAGCCGGGAAGGGUCACGUUGGAUGAGAAAAUGGAGGUGAGAAGAGCAGUCGAGGAAGCUAAGAUCCCCUUCACCUAUAUCUCCGCCAACUGCUUUGCUGGUUAUUUUGUGGGCAAUCUCUCUCAGCUAUCAAGUCUCACCCCUCCAAAAGACACUGUGUAUCUCUACGGAGACGGCAACGUCAAAGCUGUUUUUCUCGAUGAAGAUGACAUCGCAACGUACACAAUUAAAACUAUUGACGAUCCGAGAACACUGAACAAGACGGUGUACCUGAGGCCACCGGAGAACAUUCUGUCCCAAAGGCAACUGGUGGAGAUGUGGGAGAAGCUCAGUGAAAGGACAUUGGAGAAGAGAAGCAUUUCUGCAGAAGACUUCCUUGCCUCCAUGAAAGGAUUGGAUUAUGCGCAGCAAGUGGGGGUGGGGCAUUUCUACCACAUAUUCUAUGAAGGCUGCUUGACAAACUUUGAAAUUGGGGAAGAUGGAGAAGAAGCUUCCCAGCUCUACCCUGAAGUUCAAUAUACCCGCAUGGAUGAAUACCUGAAGAUAUAUGCAUGAUCGUGCUACUGAGAAGCAUCAUUCUCUAUGAUGAUCCUAUCAUUUCUGUGAUUAUAACAAUGGUUUGAGCUGAGUUUUUCGAUCGACAUAUUGUAUUAUUUCCGGUCUCAGGAUAAUACAAAGACCAUCUCAGUGUGUUCCUGCAACAAUCUUAGCUAGGGUUCUCGGGUUAUUCAAAGGCUUGCUUGUCUGAAAGUGUGAGGAAGUGGUACUUGGGACUUUGUCACUGGACUUCGAAACGAAAACCAAUGUUGGGCAGAACUAGCUUUCAGAAUUCUAA